ACGCGGUGCAGGAGGGGAGCCACUCUACAGAAAUGACUGAAUACAAACUGGUUGUGGUGGGAGCUGGAGGUGUCGGAAAAAGUGCCUUAACUAUACAACUUAUACAGAACCAUUUUGUAGAUGAAUAUGAUCCUACAAUUGAGGAUUCUUACCGUAAGCAGGUGGUAAUAGAUGGGGAGACAUGUUUGCUUGAUAUCUUGGACACUGCAGGCCAAGAAGAAUACAGUGCAAUGCGCGACCAGUAUAUGCGCACAGGGGAAGGCUUCCUUUGCGUGUUUGCAAUCAACAAUAGCAAAUCGUUUGCAGAUAUAAAUUCUUAUAGAGAGCAGAUAAAAAGAGUAAAAGACUCAGAUGACGUUCCUAUGGUACUCGUUGGUAACAAAUGUGAUCUGCCGACAAGGACUGUGGACACCAAGCAAGCCCAAGAAUUAGCCAGGAGUUAUGGAAUCCCAUUUGUUGAGACAUCAGCAAAAACAAGACAAGGUGUUGAAGAUGCAUUUUAUACUUUGGUUCGUGAAAUCCAUCAGUACAGGAUGAAAAAACUAGAUAGCAAUGAAGAUAGUAGCCAGGGCUGCAUCAGAAUGCAUUGUUCCCUGAUGUAAUCCACCUUUCUGGCCGAAGCACUGGAGGUCUUCUCCGCAACUCGCAUUCCACCUGCACAAAACUGUUGUAACAGAAAAUCCACUAAGUCCGCUCAUUUACCUCGUUCAUGGAUGGUCUUCUCACUGUGUGUGCACUUUCCACACAUCUGCAGCCGUGUGGGCCAACAUGUACACUGCACAGAUUGUGAAGCUCUAAUCCCAAAGGAAAUCAAUCACCUUGAUGUUUGUACUUCAAGUGGUUAUACAAAGAGUAUGAUGUGAAGAUGUUUGCUUUUUUUUAUUGCUGCACUUCAUCUCAAGGAUUUAUGUUCUGUAGUGACCACAUGCUGUGCUGUGUGAAUAACCUUGGGUCUAUACCACUAUAAUUCAGUAUAGUAUGUAUAAUUAACAGGGGAGAGAUGUCCCUUUUUCUUUGAACUGACAAUGAUGUCCAAUGCGCUGUUUUCAGCUACUUGUUCUAUUUGACUGUGUAAUUUCUUUAGAAUACUUACCUUCUUCAGAAAAUAACUCCCAGGUUCAAGAAGGACAUGUUGGCCUUUGCAACACUUGAUGGCUUGGUCACAUGACUUUCUGACCUGUUGUUUUUGUUUGCUUGAGUUCUCGUCAAAUGCACAAAAUGGUUAUAGGACCAAAUGUUCAUGUCUGUGCAAGCUGUUGUAAAUAAAGACUAUUGCCCAGAUUUUUAUUCUUUCUGAGACGUGUAAGGUUUUUGUUUCGGACACAUCCUGAUCAAUCACAGCUCAGCUUUCAUUUCUCAAAAUGAGCUGUAAUUGGCUGCUAUCUGUCUGGGACAAAAACAGAUAAAAAAAAAAAAAAAUUCUCAGCCCCAGAUAUAUAAAUGUGUCUGUUUUGUAGUUGUUCACCACCUGCCUUACUCUGUAUCAGCACUGAAGUGUCAUUAUUAAUAGUAGCACAUUACAGAAUGUUAGGGCCUGCAAGGAAGCCUUCACAUCCUGGCUUAUGGUAAACUAAGCAUUUUUUUUUAACAGUAUUUUACAACAAUGAAAUUUACAAUGUAUUAUCCUUGUGUAUUUGUACAUACUUUAUCUGGUUAUUUUCCUGUGAAAAAAAAAUAACAUUAAAUUCAAAUAUUAGAUUAUGUAAGUCAAGCAACACAGAGUGACGCUUUUUGUGAUUAUAUUAAAGGAAUUCAGAUCCUUAGCUUUGAUAGUGAAAUAAAAAUGUACCUUUUUCACGUUUGUUUAUUUAUUUAUUUUUUUCCUUUUUACCAUGAAAUGUACAACUUUGGCUGAAGAAACAAUC